AUGCUGGAGACGUGUAUGAAGCACAACCAUAUAAUUCUUUUCUUUUUUGAAAAUCACCCAAAGCUUGGGGUACAAUCCACCCAAGCUCAAACUUGGUGGCAAAUUUUGAAAGACAAUGUUAAAGGAUUAACUCUUAAAUCAUUGUCUACAACUCGUUGGGAAAGUCGUAUAGAUAGUAUUAAGCCAAUAAGAACUCAACUUGGAGAUGUAAGAAAAGCUUUGCGAGAAGUUAGGGGGACGGAUAGAGAUGCUAAAAUCAUAAGUGAAGCUAAAUCAUUAGAAGGGUAUGAACUUGGUGAUUUUGAAUUUUUGGCACAAAUUGUCAUUUGGUUUGAAUUAUUAUCAAAGGUGAAUGUGGUGAGCAAACGGUUGCAAGCAAAAGAUGUUGUCCUUGAUGUUGCUAUUGAUGAAGUAGACAAACUAAUUAAAUUCUUUAAGAAUUAUAGAGAAGUGGGGUUCUCUAAGGCACUUGAUGAAGCUAGAGAAAUUGCAAAUGAAAUAGGUGUAAAUGCGGAAUUUCGUAAAAAACGUGUGAUAUAUAGGAAAAAACAAUUUGAUGAAUCGUCAAGUGUAGAAGAAGUAACAUUUUCACCCGAGGAGGAUUUUAGAGUAAAUUAUUUUUUAAGUAUUGUUGAUCAAGCUAUUUUUUCACUUGAAACAAGAUUUGAACAAUACCAAAAAUUCGAAAAAAUAUUUGGGUUUUUGUUUCCUAAAAAGUUGAAGACUCUUGAUGAAGCCAAGCUUAAGGAGUGUUGUUAUCGCCUUGAAGAUGCAUUGAAGUAUGGAGGAAAAUCAGAUAUUGAUGCUAAAGAAUUUACUACUUAUCCUUAUGCUAUAAUUGCAUAUAAGGUGUUGUUGACAAUUUCGGUAACCGUGGCAUCAGCAGAAAGAAGUUUCUCAAAGUUGAAGUUGUUGAAGACCUAUUUACGUUCUACAAUGUCACAAGAAAGGCUAAAUGGGUUGGCAACAAUAUCUAUUGAAAGUGAAAUAUUAGAUACUAUGGAUUACAAGGAGUUGAUCGAGAGCUUUGCUUCAAAAAACGCUAGGAGAACCACACUGUUUGCUUAG